AGCGACGCGUCCAUCCACGUGAUCUCAUCAUGGUUUUUCCGAUUUCAAGCUCUACGAUCUCUCCAGCGCAUCACUGUCACCACCCAAGACGCAGAAUUUGAGGCCUGGCGUCCACCAGAAUUUGUCAAUAAUCGUGACCGCCAACUUCAAGUACGUCGGAUCAUCGGAAUCAAGAUACUUCUUUCGAUAAUAGAACGUCUUCCAAUACGCCAUCUUUGCUCGCGCAGUAUGGAAGAUUUGGUUCAAGCUAGUACAACAACACGCCAUUCCCUUAGUAUUCCGCCUGAACUCAUCGACGAAAUCAUCGAUUACCUCUGGGAUGACAAAGACGCGCUCAUCGCCUGUUCUUUCGUCUGCCGACUGUUCUACCUCCGCACCCGCGUACACCUUUUACACAGCAUCGAGCUCAAGCACACACCCGAUGAUUCGUUAUCCCAAAGCAUUCUCUCGUACAUCAAGAGCAUCACGAUCAGCCGAGGCUCCGGUCCAAUCCCCAGCCUAACCCCAUUCCUAUCAUCCCUCCCAAACCUAACCGCGCUCCUCCUCGACAGACUCCAAUUUCCCGAUCCAUGGUCACUCCACCACCUCAUCUGUCAGCUCCCCGGGUUGACGAGCCUCGAAUUGAGCGCGAUACGAUUCCGGCAGGAUUUCCUGGUCGAGCUCGGGAGCGUUGGUAGCGGGUUGCUUCCAAGGAUCAACAAGAUAUCGAUGUGGGCAAUGUCGUUCCAUAUUUCCUUCAUGGAGUUCCUCAUCCAUCGGCGAGAGCUACGAGCGGUAUAUGCAGAUUCCCUGCACGAGCUUUGUAUCAUCUACCCUCGUGGGGAAUACCUCCCCUCGAUAUGCGCGUUUGUCCGUGCAGCGUCGAGGUCAUUGAGGAGCUUGGAUAUUCGUAUCCGUAGAGUUAGUGAAUACGUAAUGUCGGGAUGGCCGGCUCAGCUUGACGUACUUCCCCUGACGAUGCCGACUUUGAAGAUCGAGAUGGAGUGUAGUCAACGUGGUUGGCAUAUGAAAGCCAUGAGAUGGUUGCUCGAUUCUCUGACUGGCGCUGAUGAACCCAUCAUGGUGGAGACACUUAUGUUGGUGGUCGUUCCUCCCACGCUUUAUGAUGGCCACACUAUGGAUGACGGUGAUUGGGUGAGGCAAUGGUCAAGGUUAGAUGAGAUCCUAUCAGGCCCAGACAUGAAGGAUUUUCAACGGUUGAAUGUGGCAUUUAAGCCUCACGUUGAUUACCCUUCUCCCUGGGAAGGAUCGCAUCUCAUAGAGUGGCUCCAUAAAACGCUCCCGCUCAUGAAUAAGAGAAACAUGCUCGAUGUCGAUAUCGUCGAGGAUACAAUUGAAAGGGUUUGUUCACAAAUUAGCGUAAACCGCGAGUCUGAUUCUUAGCUUGACAGUAGUUAUCUCGCGUUCAAUAUGUAUCCGACGACCAUCCCCUCUGGUAGUAACAUAUAUCAAUAAUCAGAUCAUUAUUCUAUAUCAACUAGAGCUCAAUAUUCUGACGGAUCGAUGGACAAACUCACCACGACUUAAACCACCCAUUCGAUAAUUCGACAAGGAGAGCUAUGAUUCGGCAGGAAGCUUCGAAUGACAGAAAAACUCGAAAUGUUAUAGGUAUUGGUACAUUUGCUACUACCCAGCAAUAUUGUUUUCUCCAGCUAUUUAUGUAUCUAACGAACGAAUGCACUUUACGAGAUCACCAAGACGCUCUGAUUCACGAGGAAUUGCCUGCUCCAUUAGAAGCUAAAGGCGUUCUGUUUGAAGAAAAUAUGAG